CUUUGAGCCCGGAGUACCGCGGUGAAUCCCGCCGAACGGAGAUGCCAGCAACUUUGUUGACUAAAUUCCUGAACCAGCCUGAACUGCUGGGCUAAAAAUAACAGACGUUCAGCACGCAGUGCUGGCGGGGCCGCGCAGUGUCACCGGUGUGGGCAGGCCGGAAGGUCCCGCUGCCGUCACGCUGGGGAGCUACGGGGUCACGGCCGGCGGGGCGGCGAGGCAUCGAGGCACCAAGGGGAGCCCUCUACCCGCCGAUAUCCUACAGCGGUCCCAUCGCGGACACGAGACCCCGGAGGGCCCCCUUGCGGGGCCCCCGCACGCACAAGUCCUCUAAGCCUGCAGUGCCCCGCGGCGGCCACCAGAGGGCCCUGACCCUCGCGCUGGCGGCCGGUCAUCACCCCUUCUCACAGCUGUUCCCCGCAGGAGAUUGACAGCUGGACUCCGGGUUGCCAUGGGGAUAGGCAAAUGAGGGCGGCGGGUCUGGAGCUCCGAUUGGCCUGGGGGCGCGCGCCCCUCCCAGGGAGGCGGGUCCGGGCGCCGGCUCCAUAAAGAGGAGCGCGAGACUCGGCGCUCGGCCGUGGAGGCGGGGCCGGUUGUACGCGGGCGGAGCGCGGGGAGCCCGAGCAGCCACCCGCCCCGCCAGCCACUGGCCCGGCCGCCAGCCGGGCACGGGGAGAGCGGCCGGCCUGCGCCCGCCGCGGAGCGGCCCCGGGCCACCCGAGAGGCCGGCCGGCGGCGUCCCCAGCGGCCGCACCUGAGUUGGCUGCGCGAAACUUUUCCUCGCGCGCCUUGGUGCCCCCUCCCGGCCCCGCCGCCUGCGGGAGCGAAGUGGGGAAGAGGCCCGCGGCUCCUCCCCACCCCCGCCUCCCGUCGGGGUACAGCCGGGCGCGGCGGUGGGGCCGGGCCCCAAGCGAUGGCCACGGAGCUGGCGAUGGGCGCCGAGCUGCCCAGCAGCCCGCUGGCCAUCGAAUACGUCAACGACUUCGACCUGAUGAAGUUCGAGGUGAAGAAGGAACCGCCCGAGGCUGAGCGCUUCUGCCACCGCUUACCGCCCGGCUCUCUCUCCUCGACGCCGCUCAGCACACCCUGCUCGUCGGUGCCCUCCUCUCCCAGCUUCUGCGCACCCAGCCCGGGCACCGGCGGCGGCGGCGUGGGCGGCAGCGCGGCGCAGGCCGGGGGAGCCCCGGGGCCGACGAGCGGGGGCCCUGGCGCCGUCGGGGGCGCCUCGGGAAAGGCAGCGCUGGAGGAUCUGUACUGGAUGAGCGGCUACCAGCACCACCUGAACCCCGAGGCGCUCAACCUGACGCCUGAGGACGCGGUGGAAGCGCUCAUUGGCAGCGGCCACCACGCCGGGCACCAUGGCGCGCACCACCCCGCGGCCUACGAGGCCUUCCGGGGCCAGGGCUUCGGCGGUGGCGGCGCGGACGACAUGGGCGCCGGCCAUCACCACGGCGCGCACCACAGUGCCCACCACCACCACGCCGCCCACCACCACCACCACCACCACCACGCCGGCGCGGGCCACGGUGGCGGCGGCGCGGGCCACCACGUGCGCCUGGAGGAGCGCUUCUCCGACGACCAGCUGGUGUCCAUGUCGGUGCGCGAGCUGAACCGGCAGCUCCGCGGCUUCAGUAAGGAGGAGGUCAUCAGGCUGAAGCAGAAGCGGCGCACGCUCAAGAAUCGCGGCUACGCGCAGUCGUGCCGCUUCAAGCGGGUGCAGCAGCGGCACAUUCUGGAGAGCGAGAAGUGCCAGCUCCAGAGCCAGGUGGAGCAGCUGAAGCUGGAGGUGGGGCGCCUGGCCAAGGAGCGGGACCUGUACAAGGAGAAAUACGAGAAGCUGGCGGGCCGGGGUGGCCCCGGGGGCACGGGCGGGGCCGGCUUCUCGCGGGAGUCCUCGCCGCCGCAGGCCGGCCCCGGCGGGGCCAAGGGCGCGCCCGACUUCUUCCUGUGAGCGGCGCACCCCGAGCCUACGCGGCCGCCGGGAAGAGCCUCGGACUACGCGGCCCGGGACGAGGACGCAAGGCCGGCUGAGCCCCCGCCUCGGGCCGGGCCCGGUGCGCCGCGUGCCCUGCGCCCCGCUGCAACGUCCGCUGCCGCCUUCCCGGGCGCCACGACUGCCGUGCGUGCGGGGCGCGGCGACUUCGGCGAAGCUGAGCCAGGUCGAACUUCCUUCCGGGCGUCCCCUGUACAUAUGCCGCUCGCGGUUUCCCGCCCCGACCUGCCCCUGCCCGCCGAGAGGGGCCGCGGCGCCGUCCCUCGAUCCCGGGCACCCUGUGCGCCCCGCCGUCCUUCGUUUUCUUUCUUUUUGCCGUCCUUUCUUGCCCUUUUUUACUUAUUUUUAAACCGGUCUUUUUUCGAAGUAUUAAUAUUUAUUUUGCUCGAUCAGAAAAGCCCCGAGUCGCCCUCGGACGUCUGCGUGUCCCAGCAUGUGUCGCUCGCUCAGAGGGGCCCUGCCCCUGCCUGCCCCCCUGCCUUCAACCCUGCCACCGGCAUCCCCGAGAGACUGAAGCCACGGAGCGUUAUCCACGCCGCGUCCAGUCCCGCCGCCGCGCUGCUCUCCCCGGGGGAGGGGGCCGGCCCGGGCUCCAGUGCUGCUAUUUCUCUAUGCACUAGAUCGUAUUUAUGACUCCUGGGGAAAUAUAUCUUAUUUUAACCUUCAAAAGAAGUGAAAGGGAAAAAAAGUAAUGCACAGUAUUUCUAGCAGGAAAAAAACAUUUUUUAAGAGGAGGUUUUGACCUGAACCUCCUAGCAUGGGGGCGGGUGGAGAAAGUGUUUUUAUUUUAAUUUAAAUUGUGUUUCGUUUUGUUCGUGGAAUCUUUUUCAAAGCCUGAUGGCUCUUGGGACUAGGCGGGAGAAGGGCGGAGAGGCCGGUGCGCAGGCCCCCGCAGCGCGCCGCCCGGACUCCCGCGGGCACCGCGCGCCCCCUCGCCCGCUCCUGCUGAGCGCGCUCUGAGCGGGAGACGCGCCGACUCGUUGAAAGUUCUGUUGCUUUGUUCGGUUUUGUUGUGUUAUUUUUUUCAUUUGCUACGAAAGUGAGGAAACGGUUUAAAAAAAAACACACACAAAGGCAAAAUAAAUCCGUUUACAUCCA